CCUUCCCGCCUCGCCCGCCGCCCUCCGCGUUACCGCGGCGACGGGCGGGAGCCGCGGCGGGACGGGCGCCGGGGCUGCCGGGCUGCGGGGCUCGUACCGCGGCCACAGCGGCAGCGGGGGCGGCAGGAGCGGAGGGGAGAGCCCGGCAGGUUAAAACAACAAUCAGUGUUAUGGAGGAGGACUUAGAAGUGUUCCAGGAACAAGCUGUGACUAAAGCUUCUCCAUGUGAAGCUGAACUUCAGGAAUUAGUGCAUCAAAUUGACAUCAUGGUAAACAGAAAGCAAGUAGAAUGGGAAAGCAAGAUGAGAGCUUUGGAAGCAAAGAUGGAUAUCCAGGAUCAAGAAUUAGCAAGUGCCCAAAUCAAACUGGAUCAAAAAGGUCAAGAGGUGGAACUUCUUCAACAAGAAUUGGAAAACUUACAGAAAACUAAAAAUGAAAUGGCUCAGAGUUAUGAAACUCAGCUUCAAGCACUGAAAUCUCAAUUCUCGAAGUUGACACAUAGUUAUGAAAAGCUACAGUCACAUCAGUUAAAACGAAAAAAGCUCGAAAGCAGAGAAAAAUGUGAGGAAAACCAGGAAACAUCAUCUAACCCAAGGAAUUUAUAUGUGACACUGGAGGAAUUUGAGGCAAAAUCACAAGAAUGGGAAAAGAAUGGGACAGCCUGUGUAAAUAAUCCUGUUUAUGUAGAUAUGCAACCAAAAUUAUUGCCCGAGAAAUGUAAUUUAUUUCAGAAGCAGACCCAAAACUAUCAACUCCGAAUACGCAAUAAGAAACAAAACCAAGAAGAGUUAAUUGCCCAUACUCAGCCCAAAAGUGAAAAUGAUGACUUGAUUAUUGAAAAGCUAAAGGCAAUUGUGAAUGAAAUAGCAAGAAACAAGGAUAAACUGGUAGAAGAAAAUAUGAAACUCCGUGAGGAUCUAAAAAUGUACCAAAAUCAGUGCCAGAACAUGGAGGCAGACGUCUCAGAAAUGAGAAAUGAGCUGCAGUUAAGGGAUGGUCUCUGGAGAAGGAUACAGCUGGAAUGCCAAAAGUUGUAUACAGAAUUAUUGAAAAUCAAAGAGUACAAAGAUAUGCAGGAAACUCAAAUAAAGCAUCAGUCGUCUCGAGUUCAGCUUACUGAGCAACUAGAAAAUAAAAACACUGAGUUAUUGCUAUUUGCAGAAAGUGAAGAACACCAAGAAGAAGAGCUGAACAAGAUAAGAAACCAUGUUUAUCGAAAGGAGCAGUCCCAUUGCUUUGAGCAGGAAAGAAUGAAGACUGAAAUCUCUGACCUGACAGAGGAGCUUCAUCAGAAGGAGAUCACUAUAGCAACUAUCAUGGAGAAAGCUAGUCUCCUGGAAAGACAGUUAAAAAUGGAGUUAGAGACAAAACACAAAUUGUUAACAAAACAACAGUUGUUGGAACUCCGUUACCAAGUUAUCAAAUCUGAAAACAUACAUCUAAAAGAAAUGGUGGAAAACCAGGAGUGUGAAAGUUGCAUGUGUAUAGAUUUAUGUAACAAAGAACAUGGAAAUUUCACAGCUUCUGUUCAGAAAAUGAAACGUGAGAAUUUAAGACUACAAAAUAACCUUGUUAAACUACAAAAUGACACAGAAACAUCGAUACUGGGUUGCAAGGAUACAUACAGGGAAACAGAGCCGAGCUACCAAACCCAUUCAAAGAUGCAAGAAAAGGAAAAGAGACCUUUCCAAAAUAAAGAUUCAUGGCAAGUGGAAUGUCAACAGACUGCUAUGCUCACUGCUGGUGGAUAUCACAGAAACUGCAGUCCUGCUUUGUAUGGCCAAGGCAAUAUCACUGGUUCAAAAAGUGAUAGCACUUUACCUUCUCAUCCACUUCACAGAGCUCAUGAAAGGAAAAUAGUUUAUAAACCUCCAUUACCACCAGUGGGGUGUCCUUUGGGCCUUCCUGAGCCACUUCCUGAAGUGGGCAGAACAGGCAGCUUUCAGAGCCCUGCUUACAAUGUGGGAGAAAUCAAAUUAUUGUCUCCCUCUGAGAUGUCCUUCCUUGCAACAACAGAAAAGUUCCGUCAAGAGGAAGAGAAACAUGCAAGAGAAUUUGAAGAACGUUUAAAUUCACACCUUGAAGAGCUGCAAAGAUAUUCUGAAAAUACUCUAAAAAAAUAUGCCAGGAUGCAGCAAAGCAGGCAUACUUAAGCCAGUCACACAAUUAAGAAAAGCAAACCAAGUAAUCACUCAUGAGUUUCUCAGAAAUAAAAUCUGCAACUAGCUGCUUAAUGUAUUUAGGCACAUUGCCAAUAGCAUGUAUUUGUAACACCAAGUUUUCAAGAAAAAUAUCUUUAUCCUACAGUUUUAAGUAUAUUGUAACUUGACUAUAUUACAAAAUAAACUCUAAACAUAUUCUAAAAUAUACAGGUGGGUUUUACACAGUUAAAUUGUGUGCAGCAGAGACCCUGUUGCAGCACUGUAAAUUAAGAUACAAUUCUGUAAUGUACAGAGGGCUAAUAAGUGGAAUUAUUCCCUUGAAAUUCAAAUCAACCAAGAGAAAUUCUCUAGUUUGUACAGAAAAAUAAUAAAGGCUUUUAACCAUGUCUCAGCUCCUGGCAUGAAAAGCUUAUCUAUGCUCUGGUGGUUCUUGGCUGUGGAAAUAGCCCCUGGGCCUCUGGAAAUGCUGCUCCGUGAGAAGAGCAUUAAAAGACUGAGCACAUGUUUUGAAGCCGUCCAUAUUGCCCUUUUACCAGACCUACAGACUUCUCCAGGGGAAGAACCUGAUCUCAGACACUUUACAUUAAGACUUUACCAUUUUUAAAACUUGUAUUCAAAAGUACUUAGUUUGGAUUGAAGUUUUGUUACCAUGUUGGCUCAUUGUUUAACUAUACUGGAACAGCGAGGAAUUCACUUCAGGUAACUUGUGAUCAGUCUUAGGUAAGGGCCUAAAUUCUUUAAAUUUUCCUACAUCAUAGGAAAACAUUAUAUAACCAAGCAGAGUUAAUUCAACUCCAUGUGUUGAAAAUCUGCAUUAUAUUGAGAUUCCUUUUAUUUGCAAUUCAUACUGAAUUCUAUUGCUGUGCAAGCGAAACAAAAAUUACAGACACUGUUGAUGAACCACCAAUUUCAGUGAAUGAGAUACUGAAGAACUGCUUUCCAGCAUAUACUGUUGCCAACUUCCUGGGAAAAUCUGGAUAAAAAUAAUACCAGGCUGUCAAACUGCUCCAGUUUGUGAGUAAAAGAAGUCUCAUUAAUAUUCAGGACCAUGGCUAAAAUGUAAAUUGUUUUUUGAUGCUAUAUUUCCACUAAGACAAAAUAUACUACAUCAUACUUACACAAAAUACCAAGAUUUGAAAUACCAGAUUGGCUCAGCUUGCAGUAAAAUGAGCAAUGAAGAUGAGGACAUCAAAGAAUCUUUUACAGGAAAAUUCCGGAAAAUUACUAGACUCAGCUGGAGGAACAAGGACUGAAUAAAAAGAUGACGGAAGGACAUGUGAACAAACUAAAUAUAUACAUAUCCUCAGCUUAGGGGGAGAUGCAAUUUUAAAAUAAUUAAUGAAGAAAUUCAGAAACCUAUGAGUAUAAAGCUAAAUUUUAAGCUGGGAAGGAUCUGUAGAAGCAAAAAGACAGCAAAAUACUGUCUUUCAGAAGAGCAAAAUAAGUAGCCACUUAGCUAGAGUCUUUUGCCACUCUCAGAUUCAAACAUAUAAAAUGACAGUCUGCUCUGGAUCUUCAAAGAAACUGAUCUGUCUGCCUCCAGUUCAGGUCUGAGGACACCUCUCAAGGUAUGGCCCUGUGAGAUGAUGAAGAAUGAAUGAAUGAAAUCAUCAAAAAUGCAUAUCAUGGUUUAUUUUCCUAAAGCUUUUUAAGAUCUGGGCACCCUACUGAUUUUGGCUAAUAAAAUACCAGAGUCAGAUUCAGCCUGGCUUUUGUGCAAUGCCAUAUAAUAAACUCUGUGAGGAGCACUGAAAACUCAGAAGUACCUGUAUCUGAACAGACUACUUGUUACUGUUAUUGCCUGCUCAGAGAGCACUGUGCCACAAAUGUCCUGAGACAUGGUGGAUCAGGGUGCCAUUUUUUUGACACCUACUCACCAGAAAGGUUCUCCUUCUCUUUCUCAGCCAAACAGCAAAAGUUGCUCAUCUGACAAUCCCCAGUUUAAAUGAACCCAUUGGUACCACAGUAUAGGUGGAGCCACGCCACUGGUUUGAAUACUUCAGUUACAUUAAAAGGCAGAAACUCAACUGACCUGGUGAGAGGUUUCUGAAGGAAGAUACAUAUUCCUGAUGUUAUCAUGCCAAAAAAACUUUUUAAAGAAUGAUGGACAGCAGAAAUAAUAAAGAUGGGGAAAUUACUCCUUUGUGACCAGGAGUUGGACAUGGAUGCAUAUUGUUAAAAAAGGAAAAAUCAGAAGGGUCCAAGGCUAUAAAUUCCUGGAAACAACAAUAAAAAUGAAAAAGAUGAAAAAAUAAGUAUCAAUCAUUAGGCUCAUUUGACAGGACAAGGUGCAAUCUCCGGUAGCUGCAAAUUGCCAAAAAAAUACAGAAAAAUUCUAUUCUACUUUGUGAAUAGAGAGGCAAUGAAAAUUUUUGUAAGCUGCUGGACUUUGAUGAUUUUUCAAAGCUGUACUGAAAAGCAAUUUUUUGGCUCCCAUUUGAAAGACUUGUU